AUGCCAACUCCCAUCGACAAUGUCAUGAGGUCCAAGAACGCCGUCCUAGGCUUCGCAGGCUUGGUCGCGGCUGCGAGCGUGUGGGCGUUCUGGGGCGGAGACGUGUUUCCAGCUCAGCCGGACCCCAAGGGUGACCCAGAGAACUGGACGUGGGAUGAGAUGAGGCGGUGGUUGGCUGCGGUGACGGAACCUACAUCCCCAGUCGAACGAUACGAGGGAGCAACUGCUGGAAAGGAUUAA